AUGUAAGACAACUAUUCAAAUAAUCAAGGAAAAUUAGAUGAAAACUCUGAUGAAAACAACCAAUACGACCGCAGUCGUUCUAAAUCUAAAGAUUCUUUGGAGUCAUAUAAUCAUAAUAGCUAACGAAGUUAGAGCCGCAAUUAAAGUUGCUCUAGAAGCAAUAGCUCCUACAACGAAGAUAAUAUGGAGCACGACCAAGAUCACGACAUGGAAAUCAAUAAUGCUGCUUCUCACAGCGAAGGAAACAACCAAAUUUCAGAUGAUCGUAAAAAGAUAUUCGAUUACGAUCUCUUCUUUGAAAACGAACAAAAGGAUAUAAUUCUUUAGGAUGAGAAGCAAUUCGUUGAUGCAGUUCAACAAGCUUCCAAAAUCUCUGAAAUCAAGAUUGAUAAGUCUUUUAGCAUUCCUGAUCUCAACGGAGUGCUUGUUCGUUUCAUAGAUAAGGAAUAGCAACCCAAAUACGAAGCAUUGCAGUAGGCAUUUAAGUUUGUUUAUGAUAGAAUGAGUGAAGAUAAGGAUAAAGGCUUCACAGCUAUUUGUCUUGUGCCAAAUGGCAUGGUGAGCCUUGUUAUUGGGAUUAAAGGUAAAUAAAUUAACUAAAUCAUGAACGAAUCAAAUACUAAAGUCGUUGCAAACUAGCCUAUUAACAAAAUGACAUCUAGAACAAUUCGCAUUGAUGGUGAGUAUAAAAAAGUAGCUGUCGCUAUUAAGCUUAUCUACUAAAUUAUUGAAGAAAGAUCUCCUAAAGUGUCACAAAUUGAAAAGGAACCUUAACCCGUAAACUACUAAGAAUAAGAAUCAAAAGCUCGCUACGUCAUAAAUAAUAAAGUAAAAAAAUAUUUAGAAUAAAAGAAAGACUUUAUUAGGAAUCUAGAAAAGGAUUUUAAAGUGAGCUUCAAAUUUUACGAAGAUAGAAAAUAAAGAUAACUCAAAAAAACUGAUAUAAUUUGCUCUAUUAAAGGUAAAUUACAAGAUAUUUUCCCUUCUAGCAUGAAAUUCUUUGAAAAAGUUGAUCAAUUUUAUAACUAAAAUCCUAAUGAUUUGCAAGAUUACUAUCUUCGCCUUCUUAUUCCUAACAGAUAUGUUACUAAGCUUAUUGGUGCAGGAGGUUGCAUGAUUAAAGAUAUCGCAGCAAAAAGUAAAGGUGCUUAAAUUAAAAUUAUGAGCGACAAAUAAAAAGAUAGAGACUAGAGAGAAUGUUUAAUAAGUAUAGCUGGUGCUUUAGCUUGCAAAGUAGAUGCAUGCCUUUUGAUUCUUUAAUAGUUAGAAAUUUUUAAAAAUGGUGGUCCUAUUUUGAUUAGUGGAAAGAAUAUUAACGAUAACCUUGUUAAUCAAUUUAAAAACUCAGUGUAAGACCAAGAAUCGUCAAUAAAAAACACUGAAAAUUUUAUUAGAGGAGGAAGUAGCAGCAACAAUAACAAUAACAACGGCAAUAACAACAAUAUGAAUAACAGUGGAAUGAAUAAUAACAAUAUGAAUAAUAAUAAAAGAGAUGACUAUGGAAACUAAGGUAAUAACAACAAUAUGGGAAUGAAUUACAACAACUAAAAUAACAAUAAAAUGAAUAACUAAUAUAAUAACAAUAACUAAAUGAAUCAUCCAUACAACCAAGGAAAUUAAAACAAAUACAAUAACCAAAGAGACAAUUAAAGAGAUAUGAACAUGAACUAGAGAGAUAACAUGAGAGGUGACAUGAGAGAUAAUAUGAGAGAUAGCAGAGAUAAUUAAAGAGACAAUAGAGAUAAUCAAAGAGAUAAUAUGAGGGAUAAUUAAAGAGAUAAUAUGAGAGAUCAAAGAAUGUUGUCUCCUUCUAGUAGAAUGAGAAAAGAUAGUAGUGAUUAUAGAAAAAUGAAGAGCAAAUCAAGAAGCAGAUCACGCUCUUAAAAUAAAGACAAAAAUAGAUAAAGAAAGAGAGAAAAAGAAGCUGAUAGAUACUCUCCUGAUCCAAGAUAUGAGAAAGAUUAAAAGAAGAAAAUUAGUGUUGAUGAAUACGAAGGAAAAAUUAGGCUGUUAGUUCCUAUAAAAGUAGCCAACAAAUUGGAAAAAUAAUUCAUUUAAAGUUUCAAAGAUAUUUCAAGAUGCUAAAAGAUUUGCUUUGAAGAUGAAAAAGAUUUCUAAGAUUCCUAGUAUAGACGUUUGUUAAUGAAAGGAACAACAGACUAAAUUAAAUAAGCUUUUAAUUUAAUCUAACGUGAAAUUUUCUUGAGUGAAUUAGAUUUUUGA